GGUGAUUACGCUCCAUUACAUGUCCGCGCGCUCCUGUCCUGGUGACAUGAUCCUAUCUCACGUGAUUUAACAUGAUCGAAACCAGCAGACGACCUGUUGGUUCCGCUUAUAAACCACACAGACCGGACCCUCCUCCCGGUCUCGCUGUGGACCCGCAGCAGUGAGCAGAGGGGCCCCUGCUGUCACAUCGUUAUCACCGCUCCACAUUGUACGCGACACCGGAAGCUAGUUUACCUGUGUGUACGACUUCGGAAACAAUCCCGCAGCUCUGUCUUACAGACGAGGUCGAACCUAUAAAUAGAUAUGCCGAUGCCACUACCGUCUAAAAAAAAGACACACAAUUUAAAUGUCCUUGUACGAGAUAUAUACGGAUAUAAUGUAUUAGUACAUUUAUGAAUUAUAUCCGUUUGGGAUAGGAGAAUAAAGCAACGCUCCUACGGCCCCUCCUGUAAGACAAAGCUGAGGUAGAAAUCGGCCCUCGGCUUGGCGAGCGUUUCCAUUAUCUGUGGUGUUCGUGCUGUCAGAGCGGAGCUGCUAACGCGAGCCUCCUGCGCGACGACGCAAACAACUCCCUGCUCGGGAAAUGAACACUGAAUAAGUGAAGACUGCCGCUCUUCCAUCAGGGCCGCCAUGUAACUCACAACGAACAGAGUCGAGUCCUCGCGCCAUGAUGGCGGUGAGCUAGCGUUAGCUCGCGGAGCUAGGUCCCCGGGACAGACAGGUUAGCUUCCCCGCAGCUAACGUCGCUAUGUGAACUCGGUGAGCCAGGAAAGUGGCGAUAAAGAAACUCCCUGCAACUCUCUGGCCGCUCCCAUGUGCCCAUGGAGCAGGCAGCCUUCGAGGGGUGGCUGCAGUCGGCCUCUGCCACUUUCCUUACUCUGAACGACCAGCAGCGUAACCGCUCCCUGGACCACCUCAUCUCCAUCAGCGGCGCCGUGCAGCUCCGCCACCUGUCCAAUGGGCUGGAGACGCUGCUCAAGAGGGACUUCCUGCGCCUGCUUCCCCUGGAGCUGGCCUUCUCCCUGAUCCACUGGCUGGACCCCGAGACCCUGCUCGUCUGCUGCCGGGUCUGCAAGCAGUGGAACAAGGUGAGUGUGGUCGGGUCACACCGGCUGCAGAGGAGCAAAACAUCGUCGAUUAGAGUCAACCUCCAGGAGGCAAAAGAGACCAGCGCACACGAAUGGAAUAGAACAAUCAAAAUAAAGAACAACAGACCAACUGAAAUAGGGGAACCAAAGAACUGCAAGAGCAGGUCUAUAAAAAAUGACGGCCUCCUCUGCACAGGGUCUGACGACCUCUCCGCCAAGCUGUGGGACGUGCGUACCGGCCAGUGCAUCUACGGCAUCCAGACGCACACCUGCGCCGCCGUGAAGUUCGACGAGCAGAAGCUGGUCACCGGCUCCUUCGACAACACUAUUGCAUGCUGGGAGUGGAGCACGGGGGCCAAGAUCCAGCAGUUCCGUGGCCACACGGGAGCCGUCUUCAGCGUGGACUACAACGACGAGCUGGACGUUCUGGUCAGCGGCUCGGCAGACUUCACGGUGAAGGUCUGGGCUCUGGUCGCCGGCGCCUGCCUCAACACGCUGACCGGCCACACGGAGUGGGUCACCAAGGUGCUGCUCCAGAAGAGCGAGGUGGAGUCCAUGAUGCACAGCCCCGGGGAUCACAUCCUCCUCAGCGCCGAUAAGUAUGAGAUCAAGGUGUGGCCUCUGGGCCGGGAGAUCAACUGCACCUGCCUGAAGACGCUGUCGGUGUCGGAGGACCGCAGCAUCGGCCUGCAGCCUCGCCUCCAGUUCGACGGGCGCCACAUCGUCUGCAGCUCCGACCUCGGCGUCUACCAGUGGGACUUCGCCAGCUUCGAGGUUCUCAGGGUGAUCAAGACCCAGGACCCGGCCCACCUGUCCCUGCUCAGCUUCGGCGAGGUGUUCGCGCUGCUGUUCGACAACCACUUCCUGUACGUGAUGGACCUGCGCACCGAGGCCAUCUCGGGCCGCUGGCCGCUGCCGGCCUACAGGAAGUCCAAGAGGGGCUCCAGCUUCCUGGCCGGGGUCACGUCCUGGCUGCACGGGCUGGACGGGGACAACGACUCGGGCCUGGUGUUCGCCACCAGCAUGCCGGACCACAGCAUCCACCUCGUCCUGUGGAAGGAGAACCGAUAGAGGGGGUCCCCCCAGACCGCCAGGACCACAGCUGGAGAGAGGGGGGUCCCCCCAGACCGCCAGGACCACAGCUGGAGAGAGGGGGGUCCCCCCAGACCUCCAGACCGCCGGGACCACGAACUGGAACCGCCAACGUGGGUCACGCUUCAUGGACCGGAGCGUUUAGUUUCCACGCAUGAGGAUGGUCUACUGGUCUUAUGGUCUACUGGUCUUGAGGUCUACUGGUCUAAUGGUCGUCUGGUCUACUGGUCUACUGGUCGUCUGGUCUACGACGAGAAAGACAACGUUUCUCAAUAAACACGACGAUGAAAAUCCUGAUUUUAACGGAGCGUGUGAACGUCUCGUAGUUGACCUUUGACCCGAGGUCCUCGAUGGUCCGGACUCCGCUCUGUAGACGGACCUUUGCGGUUCUGGUCUUCUUUUCUCGGCUCGUCGUUUUUUAGCUUCUCGCUUUUACAAAUCAUCGACUGCGUGAACGAUUAUUUUUCUACUGCUGCAGAGGAAGAGGAAGAGGAAGAGGCCCGGAGAGCAGCUGGAGGUCUGACGAUGGGAAACGGGACCUGGUCUCCAUCAGAAAGGGUCCCCUGAAGGUUCUGGGACGUCUUCCUUUGGGCCUCGGACCAGGACCAGGACUCUGGACCCCCUGGUGGUCUUGUUCUCAGCACAUGUACAGACUGUUUAGGUUUCUUCAAAUCUAAUUAAAACUCCACCGAUAUAUAAAAUC